AUGUUUAUCGACUCUCCUCCACCUGGACCGAACCUGCAGAGCCUGACCUGCGUGGCCACAGGCUUCUACCCCAAAUCCCUGAAGAUGAUUCUGAGGAAAUCUGGUGCUCCAAUAUCUGAAGAUCAGAUAAAAUCCACUGGAGUCAGACCCAGCGGUGAUGGAACCUACAAUCUGAGCAAGACCCUGGAGGUUCUGGAGAACGAGAAGCUGAAUGAAUACGACUGUUACGUGACUCACAGCUCCCUCAAAGAACCAAUCAUUGUACAUUUAGGUGUGCACUGGGUGUUUUGGCUGCUGCUCAGUGUAGGUUUGCUGAUUGGGAUCAUUGUACUCGUGUGUUGUUGUCUUUGUGUUGAAAACAGAAAAGAUGCCUCUGCUAUCUUCGUGUGUUCUGAUCUGAUUUGUUCCUGUUUGUCUUUGUGUGACUCAGUGUAA